AAUUUUGUAAUGUAGAUAAUGCAGGUCGAAUUGUUUCUCUUAAAACAUACUCGGCGAAGGUUGCUCUCUGGUUGGAACUGUCAAACAUCAGCAGGAUCAGGGCGCUAUGGAGGUGAUAACUGGCGCCGGUCGAAAUUGCGUGAAAUUACUACGGGUUAUCCAACCAAGUCUCGUCCUCGCUGGACCAGAGACUUCCGUCCUCACCACCCAGCAAUUCCGUGAACGACACACCAAGCACUGGAACCCGAAAUGGAAGAAACUGCGUCGCGAGAAAUUCGUGAAAGUCGAUCUUCCCAACUUUGAGGAGAAAAACGACGAAAUCCCCAAGGAAGUGCUCCGCAGUCGAAUGAAGGAGCGCGGAGUGCUCCCGCCCCGACCAUGGUUCGAGCGCUCGUUCUACAUAAGCUGCACUGGCGGAAUCUUCGAGCCAUACGUGCCUCCAGAAGGUGAUGGCAAGAAGUCCUUCAUUUCCUCAACGGGCGCCAAGCAGAAGUUCGAAUUCUUGGAGAAGAAGUCCAAGAGCAUGUUGGCCGUGCGAAAGAUCCGAAGCUACGAGGAGGAUUUCGACACUACACAGUUCGCCACGGAAGCGCAGGACAUCUACAUCAAAGCCCACCAGCUGAUGGCCGAGAAGAACAAAUACGCGAUCCGGGAGGUGAUUUCCGAGCGAGCGUACCCCGAAAUGAUGCACAAUAUCCGAGACAAAACCAUUCAUUGGAAGUUCCUGCAAUCGCUGGAGCCGCCGCGGGUGGUCCACGCUCGUUGCACGGAUCUGAUCACAAAGGAGAAUAUUUUCGCACAAGUGACGGUCCGGUUUCACACGCAGCAGAUUCUCGCGAUUUAUGACCGCUUCGGGCGGUUGAUGCACGGCAGCGAGACGCUUCCCAAGGAUGUGCUCGAGUACGUGGUCUUUGAGAAACACAUCGCGAAUGAGUACGGGGUGUGGAGGCUGCACGAGAAGAUAAUUCCUGAUUGGAUGCCGGCCAAGCAACCAGCUCCGAUUACGUUCAGGAUUGAAGAGGAGCCGGAACAGCCGUUGGAGGCGAUAGAAGCGGCCAAGGAGGAGAAGGUGGAGCAGGUUGAAGCCGGCAAAGGUGGCGAGGGGAGCAAGGAGAAGUUGAUUGCGGCGUAGGUGAUGCGAAGGUUGCACUUUGUUGUUUAUAA